CAUAUUUUUUAUCAUUGUUAUUAAUGUUGUCAUUUUCCAUUUAUUUUUAUCAAUAGUUAAUUUCCAGACUAAUUAAACUUUUCUGUCUUUUUCAGUGGAGUCACUGCAGUGAGAAAUCAACAUUCGUUUACUAUAAUAUAUUGAAAGAGGUUCUAAGCAGGUUUUUGUUCUUGUGGGGGAUGAUGGGAGAUGCAGCUGGAUACUCACAUAUUCACAUGUGAACACACUUUUUCUGUGUAUCUGGCACUGAGGAGGUAAACAGAGAAGGAGGAGGAGGAAAUCACAUUUGGCUUCUGAACUCUUGCAGCGCUCCCUCUGCCCCUUCUCUCCUCCCCCUCUCUCUUUCUCUCUCUCUCUCUCUCUCACAAACACACACACACACCACAGAACACACAGGACUCCUGACGGUCCUGGACCACUCUCUGGACUCACGUAUGUGUCCGACACCGAAAGAGCAGAGCUUCUAGGACGAGAAGGAGACAGAAAGAAGAGAAAGGAGGAGGAGACAGGAGGAGUUAAGAGGAGCGUUUUUCACAUUUUUUUCUAUUUGUCUUUGACUUCCCAGGAUCACAGCUGAUGAUGGAGAACACAUGACAAAGGAAGGAAAGACACAGAGAGAAAGUCCAAAAUGCUCCAGAGUAAAGUUUGUGGACAUUUUUAAACGGGUGUUUUUUGGCCCUGUGGUGACCUUUGGAGAAGUAACAGUGACAAGGAUCAACAAAGUCUGGAAGAAGUGAGGGUUAAAGUAAACCCAACCUCAACAGGUAACUUACAAAUAAUUAUAUCAUAUAAAAUGUCAUGUUUACUGACAAUACUACUAAUACAUAUCAUGUGAUCUAAUAGUACACGUAUCUUUUUUCAUACACAUAUUACAUUCAUAUCUUUAUAAUAUACCUGUGUGUUGUGUUCAUUAGAAACAGUUUUUUUUCCACAGGGAACUUAUGUUGUCAUCACUGUAAAAACACAUUAUAAUACCUGGUUAUCAUUAUUAGAUUUAUUUCUCUAAUGCAGCUCAUGUGACUCAUUCAUGACACUUUUUUACCAACAUGUUUUAUACACGUAUUACCUUGUAUAGAAAAUCCUGUUAGUAAGAGUUCAUAUAUUCUCUAAUAAAGUCUUAUGGUUUUGUUUAAUGUCUGUCAUUAAUUAAUUAAUUUGUCUUCACCUCUGCACCCAGUCUUUAGGACGAACUAGAUUUGAAAACCUGUGACUGACCUGUAGGUGGUAGAGCUUCCUCUAAAAGUGACCAGGAUGGACUGAAUAAUAAAUCGACAAAUAAGAGGAGUAGGUAUUCAGGAGAUAACUUUAGAGACACAGUUGAGAUGGUGAAUACAUUUGACAACAUGUUGAGGACGGAGCUGCCAGGCAGAAGGUGAGGAGAUAGGGCCUAGGGAAGAUUGACGUAGUAAAGGAGGACAUUAAGGUGGUUGGUGUAGUAGAGCUGCCUCCUAAUUUAGGUAUAAAUACUGACCCUAACCUUCGAUGUCCUCUGCUCUAAUUCAGUUUUCAUCUGUCUCCAAACUCUUCUCCUUCCUGUUUGUAAGGCUGCAGAACCUUGGUUUAAAGGUCUUCUCCAUCAUCAUGGCAUCCAACAAACCUACAUCCUACCACUUUCUCCUCCACUUCUUCUUCUUUCCCUUCCUCGUAACGCAGCCCACCCUCACCCAGGACCACGCAGUCACCACUGUGAGUACGACUAAAACUGAAGCCUUCAUCGCCCCCACCACUUUGGCCAACCAGUCCAGCUCUGCCUACAUGGAGACGACCCAGAACACUCCUCCAGAGACGGGGUUGUCCACUCCAGCAAGUGGAGGAGAUGCUGAUGAUGAGGACGGUCCUCCGGUGGGUGGAACACGCUGCCAGGGCUACUAUGACGUGAUGGGUCAGUGGGACCCGCCGUUCAACUGCAACGCUGGUGUCUUCCUGUACUGCUGCGGCACCUGCUUCUACCGCUUCUGCUGCCAGUUCCGUCAGCAGCGGCUGGACCAGACCAUCUGCUCCAACUACGACACGCCCAUUUGGGCCAAUACUGGCAAACCUGUGGCCACCAUCACCGAGGGCCAUGAGGACCAGGAUCGGGACCGAACACACCUCAUCGUCUACAUCAUCUGUGGAGUGGUGGCCAUCAUGGUGCUGGUGGGCAUCUUCACCAAACUGGGCCUGGAGAAGAGCCGUGGAGGCAGUGGAGCACCAGGAGGGGGAGCUGUGGGAGUGGGACAUGCUGACCUCAAUUCCAGGGCAGUGACAGAUCUGCUGAAGCAACAGGGAAAUGAGGUGAGCUCAGUGGAACACACCACGGCCAGUCCGCCCACUGGAAGGCGAGCCAAUGGCGUCUCAGCCAGGAUGAUGCGCAGCAGGAGUGAACAGUACCAUCUGAACAACUCUCCGUACCGACCAUAUGGACAAGCUCUUCCUCGACCACACAGCAACCACAACAAUGUGGGAAUUAAUAAAUACACCUCUUUAAAAGCUGUGGCGGACACUGCGUCUCGCAGCUACUACAAGAGCUUCCCACUCAUGGACUUCACUCAGUACCAACCCGUCACGGCUCAUGCCUUCCAGCCGGUGCCAAUUCAGCCCAAAGAGAGGUCUUACAUCCACCAGUCCCUGCCAGCACACCCCAGCCUCAACGCCCCACUGUCCAUCUCCAUCCCUGCCAGUCAUCUGGACCAACCACCCCUCCCCAAGACCAACACCCACCCACUUCUCUCCAGCUCCGCAUUCAAGGCCUGGGAGCCUAACGCCCGCCAUGUUCAAAGGCAGACUUCUGCACCAGGACACACCAACUCCUCUUCGUCCACUAUCCACAGCUCUGCCCGACGACAUGGCUACUCCACCAGGAGGCAGGAGAGCAUAGAGAACAUGCCGGAUCUUUUCAUUCAGCCCUACAGAGGGGUUCACAGUGGAGCAGGACAGGGACAUGGGCAGCAAGUCCACGGACACCAUUUAUCUCAAUCCAGCUAUUACCAACAAGCCAGGCAGAAGAGCUUCUCCACCCACAGUACGACGGAGGUGACGGUUUGAGCUUCACCGCUCUGCUGUAGCUUUGCACAAGAAAAGAACAAGUGAGAGUCAGGGAGAGUUGGCAAUAAAUGAGUUAGAAACAGUGAGACAGGUGGAACAGGUGGAAUGAAGUUUUUGAAAAAGGAAGAAAGAAUUAGAUAAAGUUUGAGAAACAAUGUAGACAAACCACAACUCUCACAUACAGUAUUAGAGGACUCAGGUCGUCAUCAGAAAACUGUGUUAGAUCUGGAUCAUGAACAGAAAGGAAAAACAGACGCUCAGGUUCCUGUGUUGUUUCACUCACGUCUCCCACAGCUCUGGUGCUUCAUCUCAUCUUCUCUCAUUUGGUUUUUGUGAGCUGUGGACAGAAAACUUAGCAAAAAGUCAGUCUGGCCCAAUGAUGGACAAAAUCAUUAUGUCUACCCUGCAGACUGCCAGUAAAUAUAAACCUUUAGAGGCCCACAUCUGUGUCCAGAUUCUUGUCCACACACUGGAAUUUAGACUGAUUCAGCAAUUCUCUUGCUGUAAGACGAGAACCUUAAGCGCUCCUCCAGUCUAACUGUUUUAGUACAUUUUCAUGAUUGUAAAGGUGACAAGAUGGGGAAGAAAAACAUUUCAAAUCUGGCCCCAGUGUUUAAACAUUUAAUGUACUGUAAAUGCUUUCAGCUUUCAACCGUUCUGACAGUAAAUUAUAUUGAGGCAACACAGUCUAGAUCACAGGUAGGCUCCUUAAAGAAUCUAAGAAUUUUUUUCUGGUACAUUCCAUUUUGUCGUUGACCUAAACAGACAGCAGUUUACUACCUCCCUUCUGUCCUCUCUCAUCUGUGUUCCAGCGAACGAUUUUGUUUUUGGAAUUCUGUGCCAUCAGGCCAUGCACACCGGGAUAACAUCCCUGGGGUUGCAUUGACUUGGCGAUGAGGACAACGCCACCAUCCUGUCAACUCCCAUCAGCCUCUCGUUCCAACCACAGGGACCGUGUAGGCGCCAGAGGCUGGGACUCACAAAAGAAGAGGAAAAAAACAGAAAAGAAAGAAAACUAACGUUCUAUUCCUCCAGGGAAGUCAAAGGAAGGAGUCAGUGUGGAUCUGGGUCUGGGUCAGAACUUGGAAAGUAUGGAUGUGUGGAUGCUGCUGUGAAAUUCCUAGCCCUUAGGCAACACUUCAUGGGCAUCUCCACCCCCCCAGGGACUAACUGAGAGAAGUGAGGCGUGAACACGGUCUGCACAUGUCCAGAAGUGCAUGACAUUUGUGCAGAAAGAGCGGCAAGGCUUUUAUGAUGCAUUACUUUCUAUUUGGUUAAAGUCUUUCUGGAGACAGUUACAGUAAUUAUAAUUUAAACCAUGUUUCACUUCUAAAGGCACUCUUCACACAAUAGGUUUAUUUGUAUUGUUAGUUUGAAUAUAUUUUAGGUGAAUUCCCAGUCAGUCACAUCUGAAAUCCCCGUCUUUACCUUAUUUAUUAACUUGCUGUAAAUACUGUUAGCUCAUCUGGCAAGAUUUAGUAUAAUCUGUAUGUAUUUCUGGUUAAAUAAGGGCUGUAUGUACUAUAGAUUAUGAAUAAGGUCAUUAUUAUAAUUGCAGUUGAUGUCAGGACCAAACAGAAUUAUUUACUUAUGCUGGAGAUUUAAGCAACAUAAAAAAUGAGAUUUUAAAGGGAAAGAUUUAUUCCAUUUUGUGUUGUGCAGCAGAGGAUCUUAAUACUGUCACGGUGGAUGUUAGGUUUUGUUCAGAUUCAGAAGUAGUGUAGGACAAAGGACAGUCAAAGUCACACCGUGUAUUCAUUAUGUUUUCACACCAAGUACUGUUGGUGAGUUUUACUCUCGUUUGGAUUUGAAGCCUCAGUAGCUCGUUGUGUUGCAGUAACUGUUACUAAAUUGGCUACGCGAAAGUAUCAGUGUUUUUAUGUUCCUAUAUACAGUAUGAUGUAGCAAAAAAUGUACAGUAUAUUUGCUGUAUUUGUACCUGUGCUUCUUCUGACGGCAGAAAGAUAUUUAUACCCAUGAUGUUCUCCAGUUGUUAUUAACAGAGGAUUGUUUAAUAAAUAAAGAUGCUUUUGCAGAUCAAUGAAUUUUAACUUGUCUUCUGCUGCUGCCUUCAGGGGUCACCACACUGGAUCAUCUA